UGUCCCAUUGGGGAGAUAGAUUUUCCUUCACUUCCUGUUCAAUAGCCAGAAUAGGAAAUGAGGGGAAUCUCUCCAAAAUGAGGGAAUCCCUUUUUUCACCAGGGUCACCAGAACCAGUGUUUCCAUUGUAAGAUUUCCCCUUUAUUACUUUUCUGGGAACAACCCAAAAUUUGGGAUUUUCUUUCACUUUCACCAGGGGCGGACUGACAACUCAUGGUUCCCCCGGGCAAUAGGGGAUCAUGGGGCCCCUGUGUCCUUGCCCAAAUUCAAAAAAGCCUCCGAAAAAGGUACCAGGGGCAUCUCAUGGGGCCCCCUACUGACCCCGGGCCCUCGGGCAGUGCCCAAGUUUCCAAAUGGUCAGUUCGCCCCUGC